AGGUUGCAGCAGCACUCUUAUUUGCUAAACACCAACAGAGGCUCUUACUGUCACAAACAGAGGGUGGAACAGAAAUUAGAACCUGGAAGUCAGGAGCACAAAUGCAGCAUAUCAUUCAAGCCAGAUGUCUUUAAUUAAAGGGCUGAAUAUCAUCUUCACUUGGACUACAUUUCUAAUAUUAUUUGAACCGUAUCAUGAUAUCACAGAGUCAUGUUUUUAUGACAGACAAACACCCAAUCAAAAUGUCUUUGAUAAACAACUGACAGAAGUAUGGCAGUCCUACAGCAGAAAUCAAAGAAGGUUAAAGAGACAUUCCAAAAUUGUGUUCAACCCUAUUAGAAUUAGCCCAAUCUACAGUUUUGACCAACAGUUGUUGUCUGAGGAGCGAGAAGCUUUACAAAAUGUUAUAGAACGAGCUGUGAGGAAAAUCAAUGCCCUCUUUUCAGGUGCAUUUUAAAAUAAGUAGAGUAAAUUCUUAAUUGCUAAAUAUUUCUUCAAUUGCAAAUUUUUUAACACAAAUAUGUAUUCAAACUCAAAACACCUGUGUGCUGGCAGGAUUUUAAAAUUUAUAAAGUAAACGAUGAAUUGUUUUUAAAACAGACAUCACUCUGUUUAUUAAAAGUAACAAACAUAAGAAUAUUAAAAAUAUCUAACUUAAAAUACAGUAACAUCAGUAAUGGGCUUAUAGUAUAAUUUUCUUUUAUCUAUCUGAAGCAUAUUUUUAAGCGAUGAUGUAUGCCUCACAUUCAUUUAGAAAAUGCAUUAUAAUUUUACUAUUGAGUAUGUAGUUUGAAUUUCUCUUUCAGUUGUCAGUGUUGAAGGACCUUUACUUUUGCCUCGCAGUUCAUGCCCUGCUAUAUUUAUAAGUGGCAUCAAUAAAGGAAAGUAAGUAGUAUGAUAGUCUUCCCGUUGAAAUAUAACUUCUUAAAAUUUCACAAUUAAACAAAUCAAAAUUAUAUCACAUAGUAGAACUGGCAACAUCUUUUUUUUUCAGGUGUGCAAGAAUCCCUAAAGGCUAUACAGGUGAAUUUUGUAUGGAUAAUUUUAAGGUUAGUACAAAGACAAUAUGCAUUUGUUUAAAUCAAAAUAAAUUAUCAAAUGAGUUUUAAUGUUCCAAUUAUUCAGCACUUUAUUUAAUUUUGCAGCUAGCAACAUCCCCUUUUUAGGGUUUGCACAGUCUUUGAAGGUUUGGUAAAAAAAAAAAAAUUUAACGAAUUCUUCCCAGGGUCCAUAAUGUUUUGGAAAAAUAGGCAAAAAGUGUCAGUCUUUGAAAGUUUGGGAUAAAUGAUUUUUGUGUGAUCAAAGAGACUGAUAAUUAAUUAAGUCAGAAGAACUGGGGGGCCUCAUAAACUUCCCAUAACAAAAGAGUUGUUGAAUUAUGCCUCAGCAAGGAUUGAUUACACUGUAUCUGGAAAAGCAGAAAUUAGAAAAAUGUAAAGGAAAAAAAAAGCUUGAUAGAUGUAGUGCAGGAGUUGAACUUAAUAACAUCUGAUCUGUUUGCCCAAUUUAGGCAUUUUUAUGCAAUGCGCAUAGCAAUGGUCGUUGUUUUUUUCUCCAGAUUCCCAAUACCCACCUUCAAGGUUUUGUCAUCUACAACAGAACCAGCCCUGACCCUAUAAAUGUUUACAAAGAUGGACCAGGUCUCGCAAAUGCAGACUUUGUAUUGUACGUCACAUCACAGACAACAGCCCUUUGCAACCCUUAUGUAUGUCUUUUUUUUUUUAAACUGCGUAAUCCAAGUGAUAUCAAACUUAGACUUUGAAAAUAUAUAUGGUAAAGUGGAUUGUGAUCUUUCAGAUCCAUACAUUUUCAAUCAUGAUCCAUGGUAAACUUUUUGUGUGGUUAAAAUUCUCAGGAAAAGUCUGAAUUAUUAGACACAUUUAAAAUUGAUGUGACAGCACUCGUGUCAUGUGAUCUGAACAAUUGUUUUAUCCUUCUCAGAAAACAUCUGCUUUAGCUUACGCAGCCUCUUGCCAGCUUCAAGGUGAAGGUCGACCGGUGGCAGGUCAAGUGAACUUUUGUCCAAGAACAGUGAAGUCUCAGAAGUUUGAUGAAGAACUGUUGUAUAAGGUGAAUUGUUCACUUUUAUAAAGAAAAGUCCUCUCGGAGUGUAAUCUGAUAGUUCUGUCUCAUAAUUUUGAAAAAGAUAGUGUGAAACAAACUUAAAAUGAAAUAAUAUGUACUCAAAACUUUUUUCAAAACUUUAUUGAGCUCAAAUUAAGUUUUACAAAAAGCACUCUUGUGAUGUUGUAUCAAACUUGAUUUUAGAACUAUAACAUUAGGAUAAGAGAACAAAAUAAAUAUUUUCUAUCACUGAGUUGAUUUGAAAAUAAAUAUGUUUCAGUUCUAUCAUUGAAGUGAAUUUUAUCUUUUGCCAGAGUCAUCCUGUUCUUGUUAAUUCUAGCCUUAAUUAGUCCAGCACUGUGAAGUACAUUUGACAACAAUUGGUUGCCACAUAUUCCUGUCAGCCCUAUCCACUUGCCCUCCUGCCGUUGACUUGAUUUCCUUUGAGUCUACAGAGUGUAUUUAGGAAUACAUUUAAAAAUUUCAACAAAAUAAUAUGUUCAUGCAAUCACUAUUGCCUCAUUUAUAGACUACUUUGCAUGAAACUCCUUGCAAUUAUCUAUCUCACUUUCCAGAGGCUGACCUGUUACUCUAGCUGAUUCCUCUAGUGGAUCGUCUAAUGGCUCGUUGCAUGAUCACAUUUGGUAAUAUUAAUCUUUCUAAAAUUGCUUGAAAUUUUUAUUAAAAAUGUGGGGUUUUUUUAUUUGUUUUUUUUUCCCCCCAAAUUUCUUUACCAUUUUCUCAGGUUUUAUUAAAUCUUUUUUUUUACAUCUAUAACAGUGUGGUUCACUAAUUGCACCAUCUAACUCCUUUAAUUAAACAUUGGAGUGCAUGUUUCUUCUGAUAUGUCAGUUUUUUGUUUUUUUGUCCUAUCAAGCUAAUUGAAAUUUUCUUACUACCAGAAAGCAUGAAAUUACUUUUCAGAGGCUUUCGUAAAAAAAUCAAUCAAUGAAUAAUAUUUUUGAAAUUCAUAUUUCCAACCUUAAAUUGAUUGGAAAAUUUUCAGCAAUAAAACUUCACUUAAAUCCAUGCUCAUGUGAACAUCAGUAAGUCGUGCCACACUCUUUGAUUAGAGAUUAGUUUUUGUUAACUUUCUUUAUUCUCUCCUGGCACUACUACAGUCUAACGCUAAUGAUCUAUCACUUGGGCUAUAUGCAAAUUUGAUUUGUUGUUUUUCUAAAAUAAAUAUUUAUUUUUAAAUAAUCUCUUUUCUAUCAGAAGCCUCUGUCAUAAAGUUUCUAAGCAUUUAUUAGUCAUUGUUUGAUAGCUAGACUUAACACCAUCUUUGUAUAUAAUUUUUUAUAUCUCUUUUCUUUAAAGAUUCUAUACCUCCAUCUAUACACUUCUUAAAAUUAUUUCAGUUUAAAUUACAAGUGUUCUUUAUUUGGUUUUACACAUUUCUUUGUAUCUUAACAUUUUUAUUUUAAAUUUAAUAUUUUUAAUAGAUUUGUGGACGUUAGGUAUACAGUAAUACCUCAAAUAUCUCUGGGAUUAUGUAUCAAGACACCCACACCCCCCCCCCCUGCAAAAUGGCAAAUACCGUGAAGCAGGAUUUAUGUGUAUUUUAAAGCUUAAUAAACAUUCCCGAAAGUUAUAUUAAUCUUUCCAACACUCUUAUACAUUUUUCCUAUGCACUGAAACACUUAACAGUCUAGUAUACACUCUUAAAUGUACAUACAAAAAUACUAAUGUAUAAAAAUAAAAAUACUUUAUACUGCAAAAAUCCUGUGAAAUUGAUAAAAUUCCGCAUAAAGUAUCCUAGGAGAAAACCGGCAAAUGUAUGAGGCUGCAAAAUAAAAAGUAGCUGGGUAUUACUGUAUAGUCUAUUGUUAUGGAAACAAUCACUAUGGAAACAAUCACUAUGGAAACAAUCACUAUGGAAACAAUCACUAUGGAAACAAUCACUAUGGAAACAAUCACUAUUUCACAAACAUAUUGUUAGUGUUUGCUGGGGCGCGUGUGUGUUUUAAAUUCAUUGAAAAUCAUUUAAAAUGUCUCUUUAGGUUCAAGAUUGUUAAAUGAUACUUAACGUACUUGCAUCCCAAUUACAUUGUGUUGCUGAUUUAUUUCAGACGGCUGUUCAUGAACUUUUCCAUGCUCUUGGAUUUUCUAACAAACUGUUUGACAAAUUUCAGAAAUGCAAUGAAUGUAAGUUGAUAAUCUCAUUUUGUUAAGUGAUUAAUACUUAAAUUGGUUUAUUAGGGGUUUAAAAAAACAUGAAAAAGUGAUAUGAAGGUUAUGAUUAGUACAGUGGUCAGCAAACUCAUUAGUCAAAGGAGCCAAAAAUCAACAGCAGGACGAUUAAAAAAUUUUGAGAGCCAAAUUUCUUUUCAAGAACCUGUCAAGAACCAUGUUUUUUUGGAAUCAAAACCGAUUUGUGGCCGACUGGCUGAGCCACACUCAGGUUGCUAAAAGAGCUGCAUGCAGGCAUGCGGCUCACGAGCUGCGAUUUGCUGACCUCUGAUUUAGUAUUUAAAAUAUAAUAUAAAAAAACAAAUUUAAUUUUAACUCUUUAAAAAAUUAUCUUUGGGACUAUUUGUCAGGGCUAGAUACAAUUUUACAGAUGUUUAUGUCACUACUUGUGUAACAUUUCUGCAGAUGGUGAAUGCCAGGCUUGGCCACAACCCAUGCUGCAGCUGUCAGAUGGAGUAAUGCGACUUAUGACUGAUGCCGUCAUUAGGGAAAUGAAGCAACAUUUUAACUGUACCACAAGGCCAGAUUUUGGAGGACCUAUUGAGAUCACAGUAAUGCUGAAAUUAUAAUACAAUAUUGAAAGAAUAGGGCAGAAGAUAUUCUUUGUAGGAGUCUACAACAACAGUGUUUAAUCCAUUUGUACAGAUAUUUAACUUACAGUUGAACCUUGCAUUACAUAUAUAAUUAAAUAGCAAAUUAUGAUCAAGCAGAAUGAACAGAAAUAUAUUACUUUAAAUUUGAAAUCAAAAAAAGAAAUUCAUAAAGUUUUUAAAAAAUUUGAAAAUAUUUCAGUUUUUAAUGUUCUGAUUUGUAAAUAACCAUCCAUUAGAAUGAAAAACCUUCAUCUCAUUGGGACUCAAUGUUUAUGCACAGUUCUGUCAUGGGCUCCAAAGAACAAAAGGUAAACAUCAUCUCUUUUUGAUUGAUCAAAUAAAGGCUUGUUUUUAAACAGCUGACUUUUAACAUCAUCAAGAAUAGAAAAUCCAAAAUGAUAUUUCUUCCAUUUAAAAUGUAUUGAUUUUUUUUUAAAUUUAAAGAUUUGUUCACGUUACCUAAUUUCCUUGACAGAUGUGAUCAGAUAUAAUGCAGACAUCAAUCAAGUUUAAAUCAGUUGUGUGAAUAGGUCCGUGAGCAUUUCCACUUUUCAUGUUUGUCAUUUGAAAUGUUUAAGCCUAAUAUGAAAUAUUGAUGUAUGCUUUUCAGCCUUACCAAACACUAAUAGACCCGAUCACCCUGGCUGUGUUUGAGGACAGUGGUUGGUACAAGGUUAACUACUCACACGCAGAUACAUUCAUAUGGGGACAGGGUACGUGCAGAUACAUUCAUAUGGGGACAGCGUACGCUUUAUAAAACAUUAGCUUUUAGUUUUUGAAAGGUGUUUUAUUAAUAGUGUUUAUCUUGAUUAAGCUGCAGUCAGUGCUAUUAGUUUUUAGUAAUGCUUAGGAGUAGAGGUGAAAUUAGUUUUUAGUGGUGCUUAGGAGUAGAGGUAAAAUUAGUUUUCUUUGUAAAGGCAUUUGAAAUAACUUGUCUGCAGAUCAAGGCUGUUCCUUUGGACUGAAAGGGUUUUGUGAAUCUCAGGCAGGCUUCUGUAUUGGCAGGUAAGUAAGGUGUGCUAGUAAGUGAAGGGUACUGAUAAGUCAAAUGUGUUAGUAAAGUAUUGUAGUAAGGCAUGUGUAUAUGUAAGUCAUGAUGGCUAGUAGGUAAAUUGUUAAAGUAAGUCAUGUGUAUCACUAAGUCUUGAUGGCUAGUAUGUAAAUUGUAAUAGUAAGUAAAUGUAUUAGUAAGGCUAGUUGGUAAAUUGUUAUAGUAAGUCAUGUGUAUUAGCUAGUUUUAUGUUGAGAAUGAUUCACAACUAAGAUGCAUCAUCUACAAAGAACUCAAUGUUGCGGUGAAAAUUGUUUCCUGUCAGUCACACAGGCUGCCAUCACUUACGACUAAGUAAAGCUCGAUGUAAUGCUCCUGACACAUCCACCUGUGGAGUGUUUGCCACUGACCAGGUGAGAGAACAACUUGGUAGCUAUUUCUACACCAAUGCUUUGGCUUUUAUUUAUAAAACAUUGAAAAAAAUUAUAAAUUUCAUUUUUUCUAAAAACAGAAAAUUUUAGUGCAUUAUAUAAACAUGUUAUAAAUGUUUUUUAUUAAUAUUUUAGCGUCCCGCGAAAAUUUAGCUGCAAAAACAGUCUGUCAAUGUAAAUAUUGUCUCCAAAAAUUCAGCACAACUAUUACAUUAGUUGUCUCAUAUUUUAUUCUAAAUUUUUUUUUUCUUCUAAAAGUUAUACAUUUUACUGCGAAGAUUCAAAUUUACAAUGACUACAUAUUGUUCAUUUCAUUUUAAGGUAAAAUUUUAUUUACUGCUCUCUACAGAAGCCAUGUUUUAUUAGCUCCAACAACAGUUCCUCAUUUGAUGAAGAGAUAUUUUCAGAUUCUAGUCGUUGUUUCUUAUCAACAUUAGCAGUGGCAGAAAAUGUGUAUCCUGAGCAGGUGAAAUUAUUUCAAAAGAACUUCAUUUUUGUAAUUUAGAAACUCUCAAUUAAUAAACUUUAUAGUUAAUUUGUCUUCAGUUUUUUUGUCAUUUAAAAUAACAGUAAAUUUAAAUAUAAUUUAAUCUUGAUUGCUCUUGAUCUUUUGAAACUUAAAAAAAUAUUACAAUAGAAUGUUUUAGCACAGGGCAGCAGAUUAUUCAUUAGCAAAGUUAGUCGUCCAACAAUUUUAACAGAUUGUUUUAAUGUUUAUCCUGGAUGUGAUGAGAAAUUUCAGUUAGGUUGGGGUACAAAGUAAUGGAUGAUUGUUUUAAAUGUUGUUUUUUUUUUAUUUUUCUCUAAGGGAAUGCAAACCCAAGAAGAGUCUGGCCGUUGUUAUGAACGAAAGUGUCAGCAGGAUGCAUUCUUUAUUCGAGUCAGAGGUGGCGAUUGGAUUCUUUGCCAGCCAGGUUCAUAUGUACAGGUAACGGGGAUUAAAUCUGUGUUAGUUCUCAUGUAUGGUGACUUCACACUCAUUGUUAACAUUGUAAAAUAUUAGUUUGUGUGGACCAAAUCACGUAUGGUGACUUCAGACUCAUUGUUAACAUUUUAAAAUAUUAGUUUGUAUGGACCAAAGUUGGGGUGGGAAACUCAUAGAUUUUGUAUUUCAAUGUGGUAAAAUAUAGAUAGUUUCAUUUCUCUUUUAAUAUGGUUGACUUUGUACCGCGCUUCGAGCCUUUGGGGAUGAAUCGUGAUUUUCAAAUAAACUUUAUUAUUAUUAUUAUUAUUAUAGAUGGUUGUUAAAUUGUCUUCAACUUUGAUUUAGGUUCCCAACUAUGAAGGAGCAGUUCAGUGCCCUAGCCAUCAGGUGAUAUGUUCAGAAUUCAUAUAUCCAGAACCUUCCAAAGCUGAUGUUGUGCCAAGUCCAAUAACAUCUACAAACAGACCAGCAGUUGGUAGGUUUUUGUGAGGAAGAUAUUGUUGUUAUUGCAAAAUUUCAACUGCUGAAAAUUAAAGAUUUUGUCUAGAUUUUCUUUUUUUUUAAUGGGGGGGUGUACCUGCUAGCUACCCAAAACUUAAGAAAUAUUAAUUAAUUGAUAUGAGAAAGAGAUAUUUUGUUGGAAGUAAUGGACUUCGCAAAAGCAUUUGACCGGGUGAAUCAUAGUUUGCUUCUACACAAACUCCAGAUAUAUGGGAUUCAAGGCACCACUAAAACAUGGAUCUCUAGCUUCCUCAGCCACCGACGCCAAGCAGUAGUGGUGGGCGGUACAAGCUCCUCCUUUGUCAAUGUGAAGUCAGGGGUCCCCCAGGGAUCAGUCCUGGGCCCCUGUUUGUUCCUAGCAUACAUUAAUGACCUACCGGAGAAACUGACAUCACAGGCAAGACUGUUUGCAGAUGACACAGCAGUGUAUAGGACGAUCGCCAACAGAUCUGACCAGGACCAGCUACAACAGGAUCUCAAUCUGUUAGCUGAGUGGGAGAUGAGCUGGGACAUGGAAUUUCACCCUGCCAAGUGCCAGACACUAUCAAUCUCUAGAAGUUGUACUCCUCUACACUACCAAUACAAACUGCACGGCCAUAUUCUUGAGCAAGUUUCCUCCGUAAAGUACCUGGGUGUUACCAUUCAAAGAGAGGUCCGCUGGGACGAGCAUAUUAACAAUGUAUGUAACCAAGCAAACCAAGCCUUGGGGUUCUUAAGGCGAAAUCUAAAGAUUGGCAACUCCUGUGUGAAAGAAAGAGCAUAUAAAGCCUUUAUCCGUCCGAUUUUAGAUUAUGCAUCUUCAGUCUGGGACCCAUUUACCCAGAAGAGCAUUGACAGGUUGGAGGCGGUCCAGCGACGAGCAGCACGCUUUGUCCUAAACCGCUACAGGAAUACCUCUAGUGUUGGCAGCAUGCUAGAAACACUAGGCUGGUCACCAUUGGAGAAACGACGACGACAAUCCAGGCUCUCCAUGAUGUACAAGAUAAAUAAUGGGCUGGUCCACUGUUCCAGUAUUAAACAGAAACUCGUCCCUCUCCCCCAUAGACAGCGACGAGGCCAUGACAGGCAAUUCAGGCUCAUACCAGCAAGAAGCCAGUAUAGGAGCUGCUCAUUCCUGCCCAAGACAAUCAGGGACUGGAACCAUCUUUCAAAAGGAACAGUUGAGGCGACAACACUAGACACAUUUGUGUCUAUUGCCUCAAGCCUUCAAACCCCUAGUGCAUAAUUUCCUCAUCACCACCAGUAACAGAAACAUGGCAAAUCCCAUCUACAUGCAUAGGAGCCAAAAUGAUCAAUAAAUUGAUCGUGGGCCCUUAAGAUAUAGAAGAAGAAGAAGAAGAAGUUGUCAAUAACUUGAUUUAUUUGUGGAUUAUGUUUAUAAUAACAGCAAUAAUAAGUUAUAAAUAAUGGAUAUAUUGAAUUACAGGAAACUAAUAGAUACAGCUGUCUGUAACGUAUUCGUUAUAGCCGAGCUUUCACUUAUAGGCGUUAAUUUGCAACUAUCUCUUCUUCACAUUCAUAACAUGGAAGUCCUCGGUAAACACAACUGAUUUUAAUACAGCAGCUGAACAUAUCUACACUUUUUACAGGAAAAACAUAUCAGUGAAAAUUCAUUACAGCCAUCUUCCCUUGCUCGUACCUACACACACACUCUCUUUUUCUUCUAUCCCGUGAUCUCCUUUUUUCCAAUCAUUCCUCUCAAGUGACACUGUCUAACAAUUCUGAACAACAGCUUUUCAACUGGACACAUAAAACUAAAAUAGCCGUAUCAUUUGCUUACUGUUUGAAAAAUUCAUGACAUAGUUGUGUCCAGCUGAGAGAGAAACUAUAGACAGGGUAAUGAUCAUUUGAUAAUUUGAUGAUUUCAGCCCCAGCCCCUUCAUUAAGCCUCUGCUCACAAGCUAUCUGCCCCCAAGAACCAGAAAAGACUGGAUAUAAUGCUGCUGAAGUUGUUCAUAGAUUUUGUUCUCUAGUUUUAGGAAACAUUUUGUUCACAUUAAAAUUGUUCUUCUCCUGACGUCUUUUGAUAUUCAUUUCUAAUUAACAUAACUUUUUUUAAUCAGUUGUCUGAGAUAUAAUUUUAAAGAGUUUUUUGUUAUUUCUUUAUUUCGUUGCUCUAUUUUUUUAUUAUAACACAAUUGAUUAAUAAAUAGUUAUUAGCACUCAAUAAUCGUUUGUGUGAUACAUUGUACAAACAAUGAUUCAUUCUCAAGUUCAUAAUUUGGUUGUUUCAUUUUGGGAAGAAAAUUUGCCAACGCCAUAGCAAUUUCAUGUCUGCACUGAUUUUAAUUUGAAUUAAGUUAUUAUUUUUAAUUACAUAAUUAUAAUGAUAUCAUGUUGUGGGGAAAAUACCCAAAAUAUAUUUUGUUAAUUGAUAAUACAUAAGAUUCUCAUAAAGAAUGAAAGAUUUUAUCAAAAUUAUCUGUUUCAAACAAACUGCUAAAAGAAAUGUUCAUUAAGUUAUAUUCCAAGUUGCUGAAUUAUCAUUUGGUUUCUGUAGGAUCAACACUAGCUUGUUGUUUUUAAAACAACAUAUUUUUUAUCCAUAAUUUCCAGAGCAAAUUCAUUAAGAAUUUUAUAUGUUGGUAUUUUGAAUGUGAGUCUUCUUAUUGCCCUCAUAAAAAUAAGUGACAAUAAAAUCAUACUAAUAAAUGACACAAUAAAAUCACUCUAAUAAAUGAUAGAAUAAAAUCACACUAAUAAAUGAUAGAAUAAAAUCACACUAAUAAAUGAUAGAAUAAAAUCAUACUGAUAAAUGACAGAAAAAAAUCAUAAUAAUAAAUGACAGAAUAAAAUCAGACUAAUCAUUGUGAGAAUUACUCAACACUAAGGCCAAUAAACAACCCCUAUAUCAAGAAAGUUUGUGAAUUUGUUAAACAUUUCAAUAGGCCUUCAUUAAAAGUUGAACUACCCUUUGUGCCUUAUUGACAGCAAUAAAAGAAAUUUUUCAUUUCUUAACCUCAACGGUUUUAAGCCAGCAUGUCAGCAAGGUACAUAUUUUUGUUGAAUUAUUGGAAUAUAUAAUAUAAUUAAAAAUUGAUAUCUAUGGGAAUUUUAGGUAUUAAACAGUAUAAUCUUUUUAAUAAGAAUUUUUAGGAAUAAGCCCUCACCAAAACAGCUUAGAUAAUUUUUUAAAAAGCUAAUAUUGUGUUUCGCUUAAAUUUCAUAAUUAGCUCUCUUGCAUCUAUGAUGAAAAAGUUUGGAAAUCACCUCAUUGGAUCUUGGCAGCAAUGUCCUAUAUUUGAUUAAUUCUAAGUCUAGAGCAUGAAUUUUAAUUUUUGGAAAACAUGCAACUUUUUUUAAAUUAUGUAUUUGAUCAUAGCUAUACAUUUCUUGUUGAAGCAUGUAAAAUUGUUUGAUAAAAUUCUAAUUUUGUCUUGUUGUAUUUGGCUUGCCGG